UUUUCUGUUCUUUCAUGAACAAUUGAUGUGAAAAUUUGGGUUCUUCCUUGGGUGAGCAGGACUGUCUCAGGGAGAUUAUGGCCAGCAGCAGCACAGGACUUGGUGGUAUAGACUGAGGUUUGACACCAUAGAGAUCUGUGAAGAUGAGGGAUUCUACUUGGAGUGGAUUCACCAAGUGGGGUUACAGAAAAGGAAGCAGUCCAUGGAUAGAGCACAUAUGGUGAGAGGGUUUCCCUAAUGUUGAUGAACUACGAAGCCAGAAAGAUGGUCGGCUCAUCACUCCAGGUACUCAGGCCUUUAGGAGCUGGAUACCAGCUAGAGACAAAGGACAACAUGUCUGAAUAUCUAGCAGAUAAGAUGAGGGAACAGAGAGGCAUCUUUGAGCUUGCGCAGUAGACACCAUGAGCUCACCCUCCUGAGGUAAAAAAAUUUAUGGACAAGAAAUUGUCAUUGAAAUUAAAUAGUAGCAGACAUGUCCAAGGAAUAUUGCGGGGGUUCGAUCCGUUUAUGAAUCUUAUGAUAGAUGAAUGUGUGGAGAUGGCAACCAGUGGGCAACAGAACAAUAUCGGAAUGGUGGUAAUACGAGGAAAUAGUAUCAUCAUGUUAGAAGCCUUGGAGCGAGUAUAAACAAUGGGUGUGUUCAUCAGAAGCAAUCAACUGCUUCCACAUGUCCCCUCCAUAGUACCUGUUUUACUACAAUAUAAAAAUCAGGUCAUGUGCACUUUCAUAUUGAACUUUUUUGUUAAAUAAACUUUUAUAAUAGUCAAAAAAAAAAAAAAGAUGGGGGAACAGAAGGAUCCGAAGGAACUGAUUCUAAAGGCUCAUAAACUGCAGGAAUGCUGACCAAGAACUUCACUUACCAGCCUGUUAUAUGGACUGGCCCCUUGACAAGGGUAAGCAGAGCCUGGUCCUCAAGAUGCCACGGUUAUCUUGAGCAUUUUGAUACGGGACUAAAGCAGCCAAAUUUUAGUCAACACAACCAUAUCUGUGGGUUCUCUUCUCUGUUGUGAUAGGACCACAUGAUUGAUACUUAAAUCUCAGAAGGCUCUGCUACCAGUUACUCAAAAAGUUAAACAUAGAUUUACCGUAUACCAGCAACUCCAUUACUAGGUGUACACAUAAGAAAAUUGAAAAUCCAUCCACACUAGAACUUGUACACAAACGUUUAUACACAGUGUUGUUCUUACUGUUCAAACAGUGGAAAUGCUACAAAUGUGCAUCAACUGAUCAGUGGUUGAAAGAUUGGCCUAUCCAUCAAUGGAAUAUUAUUUGGUCAUAAAAAGGAAUGAAGUAGUGAUGCGUGGUACAACAUGGGUAAACCUUACAAACAUCAUGUUACACACACCAGACACAAAGGCACAUAUUGUAUGAUUCUAUUUGUAUGAAAUAUCCAGAACACUCAAAUCUACAGAAACAGAAAGUAGCUUAGUGGUUGCCAGGGGCUGGAGGAGGGAAGAAAUUGGAAUGGGUAUAAAAGCAUACAGCAUUUCUUUUGGGAAUAUGAAUAUAUUCUGUAAUUAGAGUGGUGAUGGUACGGUAUUGUUUGUCUUUACUAUAAGAAUCACAAACUUGUUACACUUGAGAAGUGUAUACAUUAUGGUAUGUGAAUUAUGUGAAAACAAAGAUUUUAUUUGAAAAAACUCUUAUAGGAACCCCAGUUUGGAACAAUAAAACCAAACCUCCUAGAAUAUGUACUGGUUGGAAUGUACAAAGAAUUUCACCCUUUUGGGGGUUAUUUUAGGUGAAGACUUGAGAAAUGCAAACAAGGUCAGAGUUGGGCAACUAUAUGUGGACAGGGUUGUGGAAAACAACUGGAAAGCCUGCUGAUAUUGGGCACAUCAGUGGGCCUGGGUGUGUAACAGGAUGAGACAGGAAGGGACAUGACUGAGAUGGCUGUGCCAGGGACUCUCUCUAGAGAUCACUUCGGUGGCAGGGCUUGGCCACAUGAGUCACAUUACCUUGUGCAGAGAACAAAGCACAACAGAUAUGGCAAGGCCCCAAGUACGGUCCCUGUAGGUGGGUACAUGCAGGAUUGUGUCAAUUUCUCUGUGACUCAGGACAGGUCACCAAUGCUCUCUGUCCCUCUCGCUGGUCAUGUGUAUAAUGAAAAUUUUACACAUAAUAGCUAGACAUAUAUCUACGUUGAUGGCUUGUUCUAGAAUGAAAUGUUCAAAUCAAGUAAAAAUCUGAGCUGAAUGGGUGGCAUAUAUAAAGGCAUCCGGUGGGAGCUGAGCCACUCUGCCACCUCCUGAUGCCCAUUCUUGUAUGUUCUUUCAACUAUAAAAUCAAGGCAGAAGACAUUUGACAACUUGGUCACUUUGUC